CUGACGACCUUGCGAAAGCUUACAUGAGACAACAAAGUCAAGAUCAAUUGUUGCCAUCAGCACCCUCGACCAUUUCACCUGAGGCUUUGAUGACAUAGGUAUUCUCUGGCUUACACAUUCUCAUUUGCUAUUUAUCUGGAAAAUACCUAGCCUUGCGUGCGAGAGACUCAGCUUCGUUGGCUUAGUCGUAGUCUCGACUACGACGCGCAAACUGGUGCCUUGAAUCUCAUCUAACAGCACAGACUGCCCAAUGGCGCCAUAUAUCCGCCCAAACACGCAGACUCGGCGAGGCGCUCGAGGCGCAUACGUGGAACAUGACGACUUUGAAGGUCUGCCAGUUCGACAAUGGCGGCAGGAGUGGGUGAGCGUGGUACCGCCUCCACCACCUGAUACGACCCAGAAGAACGAUGUAUGGGCCAUCGAGCUACCGCACGGCAUGCCCAAGGAUUCACAACUGUUGCCGACGCACACCCAGGAACUUCUCAGGGCAGCACGUUCGGGCAGACUAUACAAGCGACCGGCGCCUGUGGAGGAAGAGGAGGCGGAAGCAGAUGCCGCCCCCGAGAAACCAGAGAAGAAGGAGGAGGAUCCCGCUACCAAAGGCUUCAUGGUGAAAGUGUGGAAGCAGAUCCCACGUAAUGCUGAGGGGCCAACCAUUUCACAUCUGGCAAAGAGGAGAAAGACUACAGUGACCUUGUCGUCUGAUCUUCCAGCUGGUCAGACGUCCGGACCGACAGUGACCAAGGCUACCGUGCGCCGCGUCGAUGCGGCCGGAAAUCCUUACACGCAAGAAGUCACGCUCACCGAGGGUCAACCUGUGGAUGGGGAGAUCAUCUCGACCACCAUCGUGCCGGCACCAAACGCGGCCGGUCAUGGAGAUGGGAGUUCUAGUGCGACUCCCGUGAAAAGGCGGCCGCCACCACCUAAGAGGAAACCUAAGGGGCCUGGUAGAGGGCGCAAGAAGAAGUUGCCGCUGCCCGAGAACGCCACGCACCCCGAACCAUCGGCCUCUGGUGUUAGGGUAUCCUUAAGUCUCGUGAAACCAGAGAGUACCAACGUUGAUGGUAUCAAACAGGAUGGGGACAACGGAGAUAACAAAAACCAGGAUACUGAGAUGGCCGAUGGUGAUGAUAACGACGAGGGCGACGAUGACGAGGGUGAGGAUGGAGAAGACGGCAGCGAUGAUGAUGAAGAAGGCGAUGGUCCCGAUAAUGAGACUGGCACAGCCGCGGGCAGUGUGAAAGAGGACAGCGUCGACCAGGAGAUGAAAGGUUCGCCAUUCGUCGAGACACCUGAGACUUCUGUGCCGCCUGUGGCUCCUGCUGGAGAUGCAAUAGCCAAAGAGCCAUCGUCACGCGCGAGAAGCCCAUCGCCACAGCCAAGCAGCGCAUCUCUCUCUGUCCCCUUCCCGAUACAGCCUCCAGCGCAUUUGACUUCGCCACGCUAUGAAGGGAGCCCGCUGAAAAAUGUCGUCAUACCAUCCCCGACUGAUCCGUCGACGCCAAAUAUGUCCCCUAUUCCGACUUCUUUCCCCACAACGACCUCGGCGAUGACUGAGGAUACCCCAGCGUUGGCACUUGAGUCGCUCCCAGAGCCUGCUGAACUGUUGGUGGGAGCACAACCCUCAGUCUUGGAAACCAUGACCCAAGAAAAUGCCAUCCAGGAGACACAGCCUGCGGAUGUUGAAAUGACGAACUCGAUCUCCAUGCAAACGGACACGAUAAUGCAGGCGGAAGUUGUGUUGACUUCAGACGCCGAGCCAACGGCUGUCAUAGUUGAAGAAGUUGUGGAAACCACCACAGUGCCAUUAAACGAUCAACAGCCGCCUGUUGACCCUCCGGCUCCUGUCGAAGAGGUUACAGAUAUCCCUGAGUCGCCGCCAACUGCGAACAAAGCAGAAGAGUCUUUGCCAGUCGCGGAUGAAUCGACCAACCCUGAUCAAUCCGCCACGGAACUAUCAUUCGCGUCAGCACCUGAAGCAGAAACCCCAAUGGUCGAGACACAGGCCACAGAGUUGACCCAGGCAGUUGUUCCUGAGGAGCCCGUGGUUACAGAAGAACCAGCCGUUCUACCUGCAUUGCACCCUCUAAAGAUCAACGAAGCGGAGGCUCCAGCAACCCCCACCGUGGAUGAGAAUGAACCCGAAAGCCCCGACUUGUUAGGUGGAUUGGAGGCGGCGUUGGAUCAGCACAGCGAGCCAAACGACUUGUCUAACGGCAAUGGCUCCCCCGGAGCUCCUCCUGUCAACGACAUCCCUACACUGGAACCAAUAAUUAAUCCCGCUCCUGCUCUUGCUCCUGAUUCUGCUCCUACUUCUGCUCCUGCGACAGAAGCUAGUGUCUCAGCCGACGCUGGCCAGCAGGAAGCCAAGGUUAUUGAAGACAAGGUCGAAGGAUGGGAGGAGGCAGAUGCUCGACAGGAAUAGGCUCCUGAUACUAUGAGCUUACCAGCGAGAAAGCGGACAUUUAGCGAGGCGUCUGGCAACCAUAUUAGUACCUUAAGAUGCAAGAGGAAGAGGGCCAAAUCCGAAGGGCAUCAAGAGAAGACCGAGCAGU